CAUUCCUCUCCUACCCAGGGUGUAUAAUCGAGUGUCGAUGCUUCACGAUAAUCCUUGUGAAGAUGGCGGAUAUUAGUGCUAAACAAACGGUCCAAAAGAGUGCUAAAAUCGCAGCUGGAGCAGUGGUCUGUGUUGAAAGCGAGAUAAGAGGGGAUGUGACCAUAGGUCCAAGGACGGUGGUUCACCCGAAAGCUCGCAUCAUAGCCGAGGCGGGGCCCAUUGUCAUCGGAGAGGGCAAUCUUAUUGAGGAGCAAGCUCUGAUCUUUAACGGAUAUCCUGAGAACAUAAUGCCCGACGCAGAGGGCACAGAACCCAAGACCAUGACAAUUGGAACCAACAACGUGUUUGAAGUCGGAUGCGAGUCCCAGGCCCUGAAGAUUGGCGACAACAACGUCAUAGAGUCUAAAGCCGUGGUGGGCCGAAAUGUCAUCCUGACCAAUGGCUGUAUCGUUGGAGCCUGUUGCCAAGUGAACACCUGUGAGGUCAUCCCUGAGAACACGGUCAUCUACGGCUCAGGCUGCAUGCGCCGGGUGCAGACUGAGAAGCCGCAGCCCCAGAGCCUCCAGCUGGACUUCUUGAUGAAAAUCCUGCCCAAUUACCACCAUCUGAAGAAAACCGUCAAAGCCAGCUCCGCUCAUGUGAAAAACUGACUCACCCGGAGCGUCUGCUGCCGCCGAGGGGAAGCGGAGACGUCCGUUAGACCCUCAUCAGCCGAGCUUCCCUGCCCUCCGCUGCAGAAACGCUCUUAAUGUUUUGAAAAGUAUUCUCACUGAAAGAUCAUUCCUCUCGUCUUAUGAUGGGAAAUCCCAAGUAUUCCUGAGAAAUUGUGUCCUUAAUUUUAUUCCUUUUUUUUGUCACGUUCCGGCAUUUUUAACUUCUGUAUUAAAAUGCCGGAUAAUGCUGCUAGUUUGUAUUGCACAUGUCCCUUUAAUUCUCAUGGCAGCCUCGUUAGCUUAUAUUUUUGCCCUCAACAGCAUCCUGGGGGGUCAGACGGUCGUGUCAAAAGGGUAAUCUCGAGUUCUAAUCUCACGCCUGCCUGUUCGUCAAUCUAUUUAUUUAUUAUUUAUUUGUUUAAAGAGCGCAGCCUGGGUUCCUAGCAGAUUUGUUUUUCCCCCCUCUUUGUUUCACUCACUUGAAAAAACAUAUACCAUAGCACAUCAUAUUUUUUCAACUCAGUCUAGGGGGGUUUGGGGAAAGGCAAAUCUUAACUGAAAUGGGUCCAUUGGAGAAACUCUCAGUUUAGAUGGUACAACGGAGUUUGCUUCUGUAGUAACGUCAAACAAAACAAAAUGUCUGUGUUGAGGGCAAAAAAACGCAUCGAGCUCUGUCAGCCUUUGUUUUUCCUUUCAUCGAGCUCUGUCAGCCUUUGUUUUUCCUUUCCCACGUGUCUUUCUGUAGAUCACUAAACAAAUAAAGAGGUGUGAAUAGCAAUAAUA